AUGAGCUUCUUAAUGGCAGACAUCACGAAGAGCCCGACGUUUCCUGACAAUGCUAUAUCACAGAGGGCGAAGAGGGCACACAGGGGCUAUUCCCCCACGAACGACGAGACGCUGUUCCAGAUAAUCUCGCUGGAGAACUGUUCGAGGAGUGCUGCUGAUCAGCUGGAUGAGCUGUUGGCGAACGAGGAGGUUGGCGGUGUUGGCGCUGACCGGCUCAGGUUUGGAAACAACAGGGUUGUGCGGCAGAUGAACGUUGAGGAUGAUAACGGCAAUGGACAGGAGCCCAUGGUGACGAGCUCAAUAAACAACGCCACGUCGUUGUUCAAACUGACCCUACAAGAUGGAGAAGGUGCACUGUUCUAUGCGAUCGAGCUGGACAAGCUGAACUUCCUAUCCAGUAAGAAUACAAAGCAUGGGUUCCCCAUACCGCUGGGGGCGAAACUGCUCGUUAAGAAGGGCGUCGAGGUGUCGCACAAUUGUCUACUGCUGAAGCCGCAAGAUGUAUCUUAUCUGGGUGGAGUUGUAACUGAAUGGAACGUUGAUUUGGUUAAAAAGCACAUUCAACAUCUACGUCAACGACUGCAACAGCUGCCAUGA